GAAAAACUUAAUUAGUACGCGCAGAGAUGGCGAGGGUACACUCUUCGCCGUCGUUUCCUUCUUCUUCGUCGCCGGCGGCGGCGGCGUGCGCGGGCGAGAGAAGCGGGAAGGUGUUCACGCUGUGGCUCAAGUCGCUGGUGCUCAACGGGCGGGGGUGCACCGUGUACGACUCCGACGGCCACAUCGUCUACCGCGUCGACAACUACGGCUCCAAGUGCAGCGACAACGUCUGCCUCAUGGACCUCCGCGGCAACGUCGUCGUCAACAUACACAAGAAGAAGCUCGCGUUUGGCAAGUGGGAAGGGUACAAGUGGACCGGCCGGAAGCAAGAGGCGAGCGCGUGGUUCAAGGUGGCGCGGCCGCGCAGCGGCAUCUUCCACCGGAGCGGCGGCCGCCCGUCGUCGUCGCCGUGCGAGUUCGAGAGCGACGCCGGCUGCGCCAUGCGGUACAGGAUCGACGACGACGGCGGGGCGCGCGCCGGGAAGCGGGCGUGCUGCAGGAUCGUGGACGCCGGCACGGGGCUGGUGGUGGCGGAGGUGAAGAGGAAGGUGACGGCGGGCGGGGUGGCUCUCGGGGAGGACGUGCUCGCCCUGGUGGUGGAGCCCGGCGUCGACGACUCGCUCAUCAUGGGGCUCGUGCUCGUCUACGGGCUCAUGAAUCGCACCAUGUGAAGCAAAACCAGAACAGAAUAGAGACUUUUAUAGUCUUUCUUCGUGUGAAUUACCGUGUAACUACGAGUAGAACGACUUCGUAGUGUGACACAGAUGACUGAUCUACAAGUGAUUUUGAUUCCAUGUAGUGCGGCACGACAUCUCCAUCAAACUUGCGAUGACUCCGUUAAUCUCAAGAUUCGCGUAUAUGCAAUCAUUUGGGUUUGUACUGCCAAAAACGUUCAGCGUCGCCUAAGAUGGGUAUAACAAAACAC